GUAUCCGGAAAGUUUGUUUACAUGGGUUACAGCGACUGCUAUGUUGGGAUAUAGGUGAAACGGUCUCUGGUGAAACAUAGGAUAAACACGCCCUGCGAACCAGCGUUUAUAGUUCCGACAGAAGUGAACUAUGGCAAGUUCAUCCCACCAUAGACGACAUCUUACUGGAUACUUGGAUAAACAUAAAAAUAAACAGCACACCAACACUGUUGGCAACAGUGAUUCAAGUCCAAGCGGUGGAGGAGGAAACAGUAGUUCCACUAGACACACUCUUAUGACUCCCGGAAACGAUAAAAAAUCAACAAAGCCUGUAGAAAAUGCAAGAGCAAAAGGUGGAAGAAAUACCACUGCAGUCACUAACAGUCGAAGACGACCUCCACCACUGAUAAAAGGAAAGGCGACAAUAGAACAUCUUCCAUAUGAGAUUAUGUUGGAGAUAUUUAGCCGUUUGGAAGCUCAGGAUCUGCUAAAAGCUGCUUGUGUAUGCAAAAGGUGGCACAAACAAGCGAAUGACAAUCUGCUAUGGGAGAAGAUAUUCCGAACACAUGGUACCACAGUGAAAGAUGAGGGAGGCAAGCCACUGCGACCUCCUUUGGAGUACUGGAAACAACUGUGUAUCAAACGGUGCACAGAAAAACGAAACAAGACUUGUCUGAAGUUACUGAAAAAGAUGCACCCUUACACUGGAUUGCCAAGAUUUACAGAGAAAGCUCUGAGAUGUGCAGGUGUGUGGUUUCAGCUGUGUUUGAUUGACAGCGAUGGAAAAGAGCACGAAAGUAUGACGUGUGACGUAUUCCACCACAGCAUGUCUAUAGCAGUGCGCUGGUACAGCCUCACCAAUGUCCCCCUAAACAGAAUCAAGCAACUCAAAGUCUUCUCUUGCAAUCCUCUGUUCUUUGAUGACAAAGGUCAUGCCGUCCGGAAUGGACCCUACCAGAGGUCACUGAUGACCAGCACUGACCUCAAGUGGAGUGUUUAUGUGAAGGACACAACGCCCGUGGCCGCCAAUGACACCAUCGUGUUGUAUGCUGUGCCUGCAUCUGAUCUCCUUGUUGCCACAUGGAAGGCAGAUGGUGAGUUGGCGUUUGUUGCCGUGGGUUACCACCAUCUACAGCUGGUACAUAGAUGCUUGCUGGGCACCAUCAAAAGUGCAUAUCCACUCCCUGGUCAUACCCCGGUACCAGAUGAUAUUGACCCUAGUUACGGUCUCCAUGACUACCGAUGUACAGUGGAUAUCCGCAACAUGAGGAGCUCGCUAUGGACACAACAGUUUCAGGGACUUCACUGCAGGAAGCAAGACGUUGGUGAUGGCUACGCAUACUUUCGGCUUAUCAGGAAGGACCACACAGGUGACCACGUGAUCAUCCCAAAACAGUUCAGUCUCCCCUGGAAAACCGAUCUCUUCAAAGGCAUCAUCAAGAACAUUGCAUGGUUGGAUCUGACACUGCUUGAUGAGAGGGAAACAGUAUUUUGGUCGUUCAGUUCACCAUUAACAGCACAAGCAAAAGAAAAAACAAAAAAUCUUGACUUUGAUUACAAUGGAGACAAUCACUUGGCGGCCAUGUUCUCAGGAGAGAAGGGACAAGUGCAUAUUGAGCUGAAUCAGAUGGAUGACGAUCGCACAUUUGUGUCAUGCCUAGAAGUGAGGGUUGCGCUCUCAGCGAUAAACGAGUGGUUUGAGACUUGUUACUGAUCAAGGCUGACAAGGAGUCUUCACAGCUGUUGCAAAUGCUUGUCUUUACUUUAAGAUAAAAUGAUUGAUGACAUUCCCAGGAAAAUAUUUUAAUGUCAAUAUUUCAUGUCAGGAGAAAUGUGUUUCAUUGAAGGAUUAAGGCAAGAUUCAGUUUGCCUUUAGCAUCAGUACUUUCCAGGCUGGCAAGUCCAGAUAGACAAGGUUUCAAGACUGUCGGUACCAGAUAGACAAGGUUUCCAAACUGGCAAGGUGUCCAUAUGUGACAUGCAGGGUUUUCGGACAUGUGGGUCCAGUCUGCCAGGGUUUCUAUACAAGCAGAUCAAACAGGUUUCCAGAUGUGAACAUCCACACUGGAAGGGUUUCUGGACUAGUGCAUCAAGAUUAGCACAGCUUCUUAAGUAGUGGGUCAAGAUUAACUAGGUUUCAAUACAAGUAGUUUAAGCUGUUAAAGUUCCAAGAUGUCUACAUCCACGCUGGAAGGCUUUUGGUUCUGGACAAGUGGUUCGAGAUUAGCCGGGUUUCAAUACAAGUAGUUUAAACUGUUAAAGUUUCAAGAUGUCUACAUCCAUGCUGGAAGGCUUUUGGUUCUGGACAAGUGGGUCGAGAUUAGCCGGGUUUCAAUACAAGUAGUUUAAACUGUUAAAGUUUCAAGAUAUCUACAUCCAUGCUGGAAGGGUUUUGGUUCUGGACAAGUGGGUCGAGAUUAGCUGGGUUUCCAAACUGAUAGGUCAAGAUCAUCAAGGUUUCCACACAAGCUGGUGAAGACUGGCAGGGUUUCCAGAUUUUUAAUGAAGAUUAUCAAGGUUGGGGUUUUACAUCAGUGGGUCAUUACUGGUAGGGUUUUAUGAUUUGUAGAUCCAGAUCAGCAGGGUAUCCAGAUAGGGGAUGCAGGCUGGCAGGGUUUCGAGACCAGCAGGGUUUUAGGGUUUACCUACAAGCACCGUUUCUACACAUGAGGGCCCAGUCCGGCAUGGUUGUACCGUAUACUUGCACAGUUUUACACAUUUCUGCCAAGUUUCUGCAUGUUAUUGUCAUUAAGUAGUAACUUUAGUUUUAUUCUAUAAACUUGUAAGAUAGUGACCAAUUAUUGACAUUUGUAUUCUGGUUACCUUUGGUUAUCACAGUGUCACAUGACCAAUGAUUGUGAUAUUCAUCAAUAUACAACUUUGCACAAGAAAUCUAAGAAAAAUCAUUAUUACGUCAUCUAAUAUCACCUAUUCUUUUGCAUGAGUAUAUGAUUAAAAGGAUAUGCUGAUAAAUAAAUUGACCCCAGCCCUAUGCACAAUUUGAUCCAGCAAGGCACUACUGCUUCAUUUAUGAGGGGUGGGUGGGGCAGCAUGAGGCAGGGUGGGACCUGAAGUAACCUGUGAGGACCGGUGUAUAAAUUACAUUCGAAAUUCUGUGAUACAUUUUGCCGUUGAUUUUCAUCUUAAGAUAUACUUACCUGUUACCAUGGCAACAGAUGCAAGGUUGUUGCAAUGGUUACAUGUCAUUCCCUUUUUUAACUUACCUCUUACUAUUGUACAUUACUGGUGCAAUAUUCUAAAUUAGAACUGAUAUGAAAUAUAUAUUAUAGAAUUGUUAAUUGACAGUGUGAAAAUUGAACAUCGCCUCAGCAUUAUUUCAGCCAUAUUGUGACUAUUUCAAAGUGAAUGUGGAGAAGGAAAUGUAUACUGUGUUAUUUGUUUUUGUCCGUCCACCGUCUGUGUGUAUUCCAAACAAGAUGUUGACAUUGUUAACUUUAUAAUAAACAGUUUAAGAAU